AUGAUUGGACUGUGGAACGUGACGGAGUCGCAGACGGUCGACCACACGGAUCUCGUGUGCGAGUGCGUGGCCAUCCGCUUCUCCCCAUGCGGCAACCUGAUCGCCGUGCUGACGAUGGACUCGACGAUCGGCUUCUACUCGACGGACAUGGACCACGGGGUCGAUCGACGGCCGCCUGACUUUGAGGCUGGCCGCUCCAACCGAACGGCUGCUGCCCGCAAGUUCACGCUCACCCUGAAUCGAAGCCUGGAUGGAGUUGUGCCCGACAUCAACCGGCGCAACUUCUCGGAAUUCGGCAACAUGCAGCUGUGCGACGACAGUGAUUCGGAUGAUGAUCAGGCGGCCAGGCCGCAGAUUGCCGUCCACAACCUGUCGUUCUGCCCGACUGGCCGUCGCUUCUCGGUGUGCUCGACGGAGGGGUGUGGCGUGUACUCGCUGGACAUGCUCACCCUGUUCGACCCGUUCCAGCUCGACUCCAGCACCAGCCCGGCCACCGUUCAAAAGCACCUCCCCCUCAACGAGUACUCGACGGCCCUGAUGGCGGCGCUGAAGCUGAACGAGAACUUGCUGGUGACGCAGUGCCUCGAGGCGACGCCCGUCCGCCAGAUCGAGCUGGUCUGCCAAACGAUUCCGCUGCUGUACGCCGAACGGUUGCUGAAAUGGAUCGCCGACGGCGAGGUGGCCUACAGCUCGCCGCAUGUCCACUUUUAUAUGAAAUGGAUCCAGGCCGUGCUGAAGGUGCACGGCGGCCAGCUGAAGGGCCGGGGCGACGCGGCGCUGCUCACCGGCCUCCAGCAGUUCAUCCAGCACCACACGCAACUCAUCAGGAGCAUGGCCGAGCAGAACAAGUACGGGCUACAGUACCUCGUCGCGAUGCGCCAGCUCAACCAGCCCGCCAAGUCUUCA